AUGCGCGGACUACAGACUCCAAGAAGGUAUCAAGUCACCUCCAUACCUUUGGGUCUAGGGAAGGUAGUUCUUGGCAAAAUCAAGGGCCUAGACCUUUUACCAUCAGCCAAGCUAACCUCUUCUAUUGGCAACAUCACACUGGAGCAGAGCACAGGCCCUGCCACGUACUAUGUCAGCGACAGCGAGAAUGACGCCUCCGACGGCCUUUGGCCCGCCAGCCCCUGGCAAACCAUCUCCCGAGCAAACCAGGGUAAGCUUAACCCCGGAGACCGCCUCCUCUUUGAGGGCGGCAAAACCUUCACCGGUGGACUAACCCUCCGGAACCUGGUCGGAACUGCCGCCAAUCCCGUCGUUGUUGGCUCGUAUGGUAGCGGGCGAGCGAUCCUUCGCGCGCCAGACGGUAACACACCUGGCAUCUUCGUUUACAACUCUGCGUAUCUCGAGAUCCGUAACCUGGUUUUGUCUGGCGUGGGGACAGCCGCGGCCGACGGGCUCAUUGCGUAUGCCGACUCCCCGGGGCUCCAGCAUUUAUACGUCAGUGAGCUAGAGGUUUCCGGGUUUGCGGUCGGGAUAAACGUUCAGAGCUCGGUUAACAGCUUCCGAGACGUGCGAGUCACUUGGUGCACUCUGCACGACAACGCAAACACAGGAGUGUUCCUUGGAGGAAUCAACCGGGGCGACUUGGCUGACGUUUACGUGAGCCAUUGCGAGGCCUUUAAUCACGCGGGCGAACGCGGGUACGGGUUCUAUCUGUUCCACGUGGCAGCUGCGACAGUGGAGCGGAGCGUUGCGCACGAUAAUGGCGGAAGCAGCUCCCACCCCCAGGCCUUCGCUGAAGCAGACGGCGUGACGAUCCGUCACUGUGAGGCGUACCGCACCACGACAGCGGCACGUGACGCAGCCGGCUUCCUGAUCGACGGCGGCUCGACUAAUUGCGUCAUCGAGUACUGCUACGCCCACGACAAUUGGGGCGCGGGGUUCCAGAUGACGUCAUACGCCGGGGCAGGCGUCCAGUUCCGGGGCAACGUCAUCCGUUACUGCGUGUCGGUGAACAACGGGCUCGGGGUGGGGGGCUACGGAGAGAGCGCCACGUGGCCCCUGGCGGACAGCGCCGCCUACGGGAACACCAUCUUUGCUGACGUCAGCCGGCUUGCGAAGCCCCUGGGGCAAAUCUACCUUCUCUCGUACUUGAAGAAUUGGGGGGUGUAUAACAACCUGGUGGUGGUCAAGGGCGACCUUCCGGUGGUGGAGGCCUGGUUGGGGUCGCCAGCGAAUACGGUUAAUGCUGCCGGAAACGCCUUCUGGACGGUUGGCGGAACGCCCCGGUUCCAGGAAGGCGGGAGGAAUCACGCCUCGGUGGCCGCGUGGCGGGGCGUUACGGGGUGGGAGUCCUUCCACGGUAAACCGACCGGGAAAGUCGGCGAUCCCCUGUUUCAGUCGGGCGCGUACAGCUCAGAAGUGGUUGGGAUCGGAGAGAUUGAUUCCUUGGAGGAGAAACUGGGGGGGUGGCGGCUGCAGGGGGGGUCCCCGGUGAUUGACGCCGGGGUAGAUCUGAGAUCACUGGGCAUCAGCCCGGGACCCCCUGGAACGGAUUUCUUUGGGGGACAAACUCCGCAGGGAGGGUUGUACGAUGUCGGCGCAAACGAAGUCCGCUGA